GGUGCGGAAGAGUUUGACAGGAACAACAAGACACGACUCAAGUUGGUGGUGACCCAGCCGCGCCACAACAACAACCACAACACGACUGUUGUUGGACUUGGAUGUACAGUACAGAAGCCAGGAGGAAUGGUGAAAAUUUAUUAUUCUUUCAUUUCACACUAUUUUCGUCUUCCUCUUCUUCUAUUCAUAAAAUCCAAUCCUGGGUUUAAAUUAGUACCCACUUUAUCUUUUUCUCCAAUCACACUACUCCAUUUGGCCUAAUAAUCCAAACCCUCUAUUUACCGAUCAUUACCCUCUCCUUCGUGCUUCAUGGUGUUCUAAGGGUUUCUUUUUGAGGUCCUCGUCGGGUACCCACCAAGGUUAAUUGCUCCUCCUUGCUCUCUGUUGCGAUUUUUUUUUUUUUUUGGGGGGGUUUUCUCAUCUGGGUAUAUUUAUUUUGGUUGAUUGGCACCAGGAUUGUUCAACCUCAUUGACUGCCAUGGAAGGUUACGGAAGUUUGGGGUUCAGUGAUGUAAAUAGUGCUGUGAGAAAGAAAAGGAGUAAUACAUUUCGCCGACCUCGGAAUGACUCACAGGUCCCUUUGGAUUACCGUGAUAUCUCAUCCCUGUCAUCAACACCACCUUCAGAUGAUUCAAGCAAAGGUUCUAGUGAUGAUAAUAAUGAUUUUGGUUCAGUUUCUCAAAGGAAAGAAAUCAAUCUGAACCAAUGCGGCUCAAGAGCCUCAUUUAGUAAUCUUGCUGAAUCUGAGUCUGCCAAAAAUGUGAUAAAAAAUGAAGAUGGAGGAUUUGCAGAUUCUGAUGAAGCUUCGAAUGAUGGUUCUUUUCGAGGCAGUAAUGAGCAGAGAAAUAGUGGGGUUGAUUCCAGAAGGUCCAGUAAAGGUGUCCUUGCUCCUGCAAAUUGGAAAAGCACAAGCAAGGUCGGGCAUAGUGAAGUUGCUUCAGAUGGUUUAGAUAACGAGAAUAAAGUGAAAAAGGUUAAGCUUAAAGUUGGAGGUGUUACUCGUACAAUUCAAGCCAAAACUAUAUCUGAUGGUGCAUCUGCAGUUGGGUCAUCAACUACAAAAUCUUCUCACAUUUCAGGUUCCCCUCGGCCUCGGCAGAAGUUAAUUCAGGACAAUUCAGAUGACAAUCGAUCCUUCACUUCAGAUAAGGGGACUGGCUUGCAGGGGCAGGGGGCCACAUUGAAGGAUGCUUCUAGAAAUAGCUAUGCUGGGAAUGCUGAUCCUUUGAGUGAUAGGAUGCCUGAUGAAAAUAUCUAUGUAAACAAAAUGGAGAAGGAUGAACCUCUUCGUAAGAGCAAGAGGGUCCCAAAAAGGCGCUUAUUAGUUGACACAUUUGAUGAUGAGGAUGAUGAUGAUGUAGAGAUUCGGUACCUUGAAAAACUUAAAACAUCUAAGGUUUCCACUGGUUGUGGUGUGGAAGACAAAGAUGACAAGGAAAGAGAAAGCAGGACACAAAGGAAAAUUUCAUGGUUGUCAAAGAGGAAUGCUGAUGCCAAGUAUGCUGUUGAUAUGGGAGACUAUGGCUCAUCAAGAUCAGUGAAGGAAACCAAGAAGUCCAGAUCAGGAAGAGUUUAUGGUGAUACUGAUUAUGUGGAAGAGGAGGAACCUAUAUCAGAUUGUGAGCUGGAUAGCAAGAGGAAGAGGCCAAGAAAGGAGUUUGUUGAGUCAUUGAUAGAUCCUAAGAAGGAAAGGACUGUCACUACUCGCCAACGAGCCCUUCAAACUGGUAAAGAUGUCUCUUCCAGUGUGAGUUUAAUUGAGUUCCCCAAUGGGUUGCCCCCUGCUGCACCACGAAAGCAAAAGGAGAAACUCUCUGAAGUGGAGCAGCAGCUGAAGAAGGCUGAGGCUGCUCAGAGACGUAAAAUGCAAGUAGAGAAGGCAGCAAGGGAAUCUGAGGCUGAGGCAAUCAGAAAAAUCCUGGGCCAAGAUUCCAGUAGGAAGAAACGGGAAGAUAAGAUUAAGAAACGUCAAGAAAAUCUUGCACAGUUUUUGCAGGAGAAGGCUGCAAAUGCUGAGAUAGUUGCAUCAGAUUCUGUCCGGUGGGUAAUGGGUCCCUCAGGAACCGUAGUAACAUUUCCAGAUGAAAUUGGCUUGCCAACAAUCUUCGACUCAAAGCCAUGCAGUUACCCACCACCCCGUGAGAAAUGUGCUGGUCCAUCUUGUUCAAACCCAUACAAGUACCGGGAUUCGCAGUCCAAGCUUCCACUGUGCAGUCUCCAAUGCUACAAGGCCAUACAUAAAAAGAUGCCCCCACUCUCUGCUUGUUAAAAUAAAAAUAAAUCAUCUGGACUCUCUCUAACUAGUAUACUGUUUUUUCCACUUUUUCCAAGAACACAUUGAAAGAAAUCCCAACUAUGAGUGUACAUAUUUAAUCAUACCCUUACGUGGUGAUAUCAGAUUAUUUUUCCUUUUCUCUUC